UAACUGUUUGUGCUACGGUGAUGCAAGGGUGUGGUGAAAGGAGCUUGGGCCAUCUAUCCAACCGCCAGGACGCGGGGUGAUGGGGCUCUGACGUCAGGCGAUCCUCACCUCCAAUGCGUUUGCGCGGGCUCAGAAGCAUGCAGGCAAACAAUACGCAAAUCUUCCUAGACACACGUUUCUCGAGUUUACUGACUGUACCGCUCAGUAUCGGCCGUCUGUCCUCAGUUAAUCCAACAUGUCCGAAAGAGUCAAAGAAGUUGCAGUGGAGGAGUUUCAGCAGGCAAAGAUUCUCACCAGAGAUGCAGUGCGGUCAGGCGCAUAUCUCUAUCCCUUUAGGGGAAUCCUAUACUUCAUCAGUCACCGCAGCCUGUGGAAGCCGCUGCUUAACAAGCUAUUCCCUACGCUAUCACUCGGUAUCGGAGUGACCAUCUUCAUGUUCGCCUUCACAUACGUUCCUCAGGCGGCAAUUCUUACGGUAUUCAACGGUCCACUGGCCAUCCUGACGACCAUCUUCCUCGUUCUUAGCGAAAGCUCCACCAUCUUCUCCGUUCUGAGCAAGAACUUCCUCAUAGAUGACGCCCUCCUGGACACCUUCGAUGGCACUUUGUUGUCUCGCAAUCUCACGUCCCUCGUGUCGACGGAACGUCAGGUCAAAUCCGGUAGCGACCCCGUCGCCAAGCUGGGCAAAAUCAUGAAGAGGCCUUUUGCACGCUUCACGCCCGAGGCCAUCAUUCGAUACUUCAUCUACCUCCCUCUGAACUUUAUUCCUGUCGUCGGAACAGCCAUGUUCGUCAUUCUGCAAGGCCGCAAGUUCGGCCCCACAGCGCACGCACGAUAUUUCCAGCUGAAGAGGAUGGAUGGGAGGCAGAAGGAGGAGUUUAUCGCGAAGAGGCAGGCUGCGUAUACAAGCUUCGGUGUCCCUGCGGUCCUUCUUGAAUUGAUCCCCGUGCUAGGAAUCUUCUUCUCGUUCACAAACACCGUCGGCGCCGCGCUGUGGGCAUCAGAUAUGGAACAGACGAGCUCCACGUCGCCUAAUCUGCGUGAACAGGCAGAGCUGGCUAAGAAAGCAGAGUGAGGGGUUCAUGACCAUCACAACUUAGAGCGGUUCAGAUUGUUUUCUGCUUUCGCCAGUAUCAUUUGCUCCGUCCUGGACGUUUGAUCGUCUUUGAUAGGGUCUUGACGCGCGGACCUGAGAGGUGGCACAUAGAUGCGAUUCCAGCAACGAGAAGGGUGCACGCCAUUUAUAUGAAGCGUGAAGAGGAAAAGGGGUACAAGAAGGUGGUAUGGAAGCGAAAGAGGAG